AAGCAGAGAGAUAUACAGGAUCUAAAUCGCAGAAUGCUUAAUACAUAGAAUGCUUUUAUUCGGUUCUCAUUGCGAGGUAAAUAACAUCUGUACAUUAGAUCACUAUAAAAUCGGUCGCCAUUCGUGAACGACAAUAGGGCUUCCCCCCAUUGAAACCUCAUUGUAGAAUAUGAUUCAAGAAAGGCUCGUCGCUAUGACGUUGUGUGCCCGUGUGGUUUACAGAGAGUGGAACUCGAUGGAUCUGAAAAAGAAAGAAACGGAGAAGAAAAGCAAAAAAGGAAAGAGAAACAGGCGAAAAGAGAUGGACUAACCGCGAGCGAUCGUGACUGAGCGAAUCGAGGUAAAAAAGAAAAAAGAGAAAGAUAAAGAUUUAAAAAAAGAACGAAGUGGAGGAAUAAGGAAAAAAGGAGAAAAAUAAAAAAAAGAAAGAGAAAGGAUAUAUUCCUUCCACGAAAGGGACGAAGAAGGCGCGCACGGUUAAAAACAGUCCCGACGAAACAAAAGGCGGAGCAUAGAGAGAAACGUCUGAGCAUCGCUCGCAUUGUAUUUUACGUUGGAACGGGUUUUAAAUAAAAGAGUAAUGUGUUUGUCCGUUUUGCCUCCACCAGCACGAUAGAAAAUACACACGUCUGAUACGCGCUUCUGUACGCAUAGUUUAUCGAGGGUGAGUAGGUAGGUGGGUACGUGGUUAGGUAUGUCCCCCUUUCACCCCGAGCCAGAUAUAAACUCUUAACAUCUUGGUGGAACAGCGUGUUCGGCCAAUCGGGUAGAUGCGCGGGCGUGGCCGUGCCUAAGCGCGGCUUUGCGUUUGGCCGAAGCCCCGGGGUGGAACACUGUGGCACAGUGUUUUAUUUCGCGCAACUGUGGAGGGGCUGUUAGUUUCUGCCCUAUCCCUCCCUGCUAAAUUCCUUCUCUCUUUCCCCUCUCGCUCUUUCUUUCUUCUUUUGCCUAUUCAUCUCUCUCCUAAACGUUCCACUUCGCUUUAACGUCGGUCUCUUUCGUGCUCAUUCGUUUCUUUUCGUAUUACUGUAUUCCCACCCGGACGGUACCCCUCUCCUCUUCACUUUUCCACCUUCUUCCACGUUUUUCCUCUACACUUUCCGUUUCUAUCUCUAUCCAUCUUUUCUCUCUUUCCCUCGUCUCGUUCUUCUCUGCCCUCUUGACUGCUUCCUGGUCCCCUCGCGACAUUCUAAAAGUCCCCUCCCACCCCUCGAUAUUCCCUACUCCCCUCCUCCGCGUGAGCGCGCCCCCCACCUCCUUAUUCGUCCGCCUUCAGCUCCCUCUUUGCUGCUGACACCAUCACCGCCACCGCUUCUCUGUCUCUCCACGCUACCUGAAUCGACUCUCCCGGGAUGCUGCAAUUGUUGACAAUGCCCAGAGAGUGAGAGAGAGUGCUGCGAGAGGAGUCGGGGCGAUUCCGCAUUUCGUACCCCGACACCCGUACGAGCGGUGGUGCCGCCGCUCUUCUCUGCCGGCGAACUUUCGGAAGUGUAGGCGCGUGCGCGUGCUAUUAGAGCUAUCUCUCUUCGCCUAACUGGUAUACCAUUUCCUCCGUCUUUCUUCCUUCUUUCACUCUAUUAUAUCCAUCUCCCUCUUUCUCGUCCUCUCGUUCCUCGUUUCGCUGUACGGUGCCGGUUCGAGAGUUUCUACCGAACAGCGUUAAAUGUGAUUUCUUCGGUUGAAGUAAGAAGAGCCCGUGUACCGCUUAACGCUGUGGGCCUCCUUUAUCGACCAAUGAUUCAGUGUGGCCACUGACGCGGCCAAAUAUACGAGGUAUACAUAUACAGUGUGCAUAUCUUGGAAACGAUAAAAUAUAUGUACUGAUAGAAAUAUCGGUUACGUGAGUUAAUAAAUCGGUUAUGAGAAAUACUCGGUAGUGAACGAUUUUACGCGACGGGUGUUAGAAUGGGAGCGACGCGUGUCAGUGCGAACUGGGCUUUAUGCUCGGCCCAAAACGAUUGUCCUCGGUGAUCGAGCCUAUUCUAUUGUGAGUUUAAUGACGAUGCCUACUGAUCCGUGAUCCUUGUUGAUUUUAUCGCUCUUUCGUACAGUGGUCAUUCACUGGUUUUGUUUUUUUUUGUUUUUUACGUUUUUCAUUGAUCACGUUGAUUCGAUUGUUGUUCAUUAUAUAUUGAAACAAUGUCGUUACCGCGGGGUGUCGGUCUUGGUGUCGACGUUGGUCAAUUGAUGCAACACCAGCAACAACAGCAACAACAUCACGUGCUACCAGCCGCGUUCUUCCUUCGUGCCAGUGCCGAGAGAUAUCAAAGGACACCGAAGUGUGCGAGAUGCCGUAAUCACGGCGUUGUUUCCGCGUUGAAGGGUCACAAACGGUAUUGUCGUUGGCGGGACUGCGUGUGUGCUAAAUGUACACUGAUCGCUGAGAGACAACGGGUUAUGGCUGCCCAGGUCGCGUUACGGAGGCAGCAGGCGCAGGAGGAAAGCGAAGCUCGUGAGUUGGGCCUGCAAUUGCAGUACAAUGCGGGCAGCUGCACUACAG